CAUUCAUUAUUAAUGACGACAUCCCUAUUACUUCGGGUCACCUCAACGAAGCCGGGACAACUUGUCAUUCCCCAUCUUGCGAAAUGUCUAGCACGCCAAUUCUUAUUGACACAAUCUCAAACUCUUCGACACUCUCCCGAUCCAACCAUGAAGAGAAAACAGAACCAGGUGGCAUGCAUUCAGGCUGUUCGGCACGACCCGUAGACGAGGAUGACGACCUUACAAUCCGUCCUAGACGCAAACCGCCUCCAAAAAUCCCCAAACAACACGUCAUUACAAACACAAUCACAUCCUACCUAUCCAAGUCCGACAGUCGUGAAGAGGUGGUCUCGGUCACGAUAAACAUCUCACCGGAGGUGUCUUUCACUUUGCACAAACCUCUCCGCAAUCGAUCAUCAUUGGAAGUAAACGCAUGCGAAGCUAUACAAGACUUAAUGGACGCACACGAAUUCUUCAAGAUUAUCAUAAACCCACAGACGGAGAAUUACAAAGACGUACUUCCUUUCCUCAUCACGAGAAGAAAGAAGUUCUUCAAGAAACGCCUGUGGGUCGUACGAGCUACGUUAAAAGCCAUGAACGGGGAAUGGAGUACCCUCGGUACCUCCCCUUCGAUCCACGAGGAGUUUUCGAGUUUUAGCAGCAUCGCGUGCUUGCGGUUUGGUGCGCUGCCACCUGUGGACGUGCUCAUUAAGCUGUCUGUCGAAAUUCAGACGUGCGCGCGCGUCAACAUCGAUGCAGUGCCAAUGGAGCGGCUGGUACAGAUUUUUGAACGUAUAUUUGAGGACUGUCAUCUGCUUUUGCGGUCGCGCACAGUUGCGAAGGCGGCGCCGAGGUCAGGGGCUGCUGCUGCGAAGUCCGCUAUGGAGAGAUUUCUACCGCUUUCGGGAGGCGUCGAUUAUUUGAUAAAGUUUUGUAGGAAUACUUUUCCUGGUCCAGAGGUUCGUUAUCAGUGGACAGAUAGGGGUCAUUUCGAGGAUUAAUCCGGGCUGCAUGGUAGUAAUGGGAAGGACAACAUAAUCUGUAGCAAUAGCACGAAAGCAAU